AUGCCGGUUACCAUUGGGCAAAGUGAGACUGGAGACCAUCAACUUUAUCGCGACCAUACCGCUGGUGCCCCUACGACUCGAUCACACCACUCUGGAGUAUCCUUAAACCCCUUCCAAAGGCGGCCACUCGCGGCUGGGUUUGCGAAUAGAGACUCUCGAGCGUCUGCCCGGGCCAAGAUCACUGUAUCUUACAACGACGAAGACGAUACACCCCCAAACGCCAACGUUGCUGAGGUUCUCGAGCCGGUAAUGACCGAUCACCAAAAAACAAGGAAAAUACCGGAUUACGGACAACAACACGAGAUUCCAUCGGUCGCUCAAGACAAAUCAGCAGAGGUCAUCUACACACCUCCAAGUACGGCAUCGGAAGAGGACGAAGAAGAAACCAUUACUACCGCCGGUGCUUCGCGUGCUGGACCAUAUCAUUACGCCACCUUCGGCCAAACUUCCCAAGAAAAGUUUUAUCCAAAAAAGGAAGAAGAACAGGGGGACGACGAAGAAGAAGAAGAAGACAGUGAAUCCGACGCCGGGAGAAUGAUGUCGUCGGACAAUGUGUCAAUGUCUGAGGUGACGUCUGAUGCUCGGCCAAGAAGAGGAUACCGACGAACUAGCAAUGACCAAACUAGGAGGGAGCUCAGGCAAUUGAUGGGCCAAACCUUGAAAGAGAUGGAGGAGAAGCUGAGGAACCUUGAAAUGGCACGCACCAAACAAGAUCAAGAAAUAGCUGUUAUGGAAGUUCAUCACCAAAAAGAGCAAGAUGAGCUACUUCUCCGAUUAUCAACGAAGCACCAUGAAGAAACCCAAAAACUCAGAGAGGAACAUGCAAAGCAAAUAGUGAAUGUGAAGAAGGAGGGGGCGACUGCUGAGCUUGUUCAAGGUUUACACAAAAGCUAUGGUCAACAGCUUGAAAACCUGAUCCUCGAAAUUGGCGAUGUCAAACGAUUGAACGAAUUGCUACAGGAAAGACUCAAUGUCGUUGAACAUGAAGAACGUGCAGCGAGUGUCCAAGAGACGGUUAGACCCGCUUCGCGUCAUUCGACGAUCCCCACCGUCCUCGAAGAACAUCGUUCACCGCCUGGGUACCUGCAAGUUAGUUUACAGUUUGUGUCCUUUAACACAGCUUAUGAUGUCCCGUCUAUUCGAGUACCCCACCCUGGAGCUUCAUAUACUGCGCUUUCGAAGAGUGUUCGAUGUGCCAUUGGGAAUUAUCUGGCAUUUCUAAGAUCUAAAGAUUCUAUUCACUCGUCCUCAGUCGAUUCCGCAUUUGCAUAUAGACUAUCCCUGAACUUGGAUAGUUGUACACGGUUGUUGUUCUUUGGUAAAGGCGACUUGAAUGGCGAAGAGAUCACGGAAGAUAAAUGGCUAUCAAGAUUCAAUAAAACUGAUGACCUGAUUGCAUGCGUUUCUCCACCACCACAACAUGGCAGAAAACCACCUUCAAUCAACGUUUCCCAGAUUCCCGAAUCACACACUCAGGCUUCCAACUACGAGGACCCUCCACCCACCGCUUCGACGGUUCGCACUUCUCGGUCGUCUGCUAUCUGGGGGCGCCAGCCAUCGAGUGUCACUUCUUCACUCCUCCGAAGAUCGCACUCUUACAGUAUAUCAAGUGCUCGUCCCGCCACCAGUGACAUUGCCGAAGAGGAGUCCGUCAGCACUGAAUCGCCGCCUCGAGGAAGAUCGCGUGUCAGAUCGCCUGAAUAUGUUGCUGCGUCUGAAGCCGAUGAGCCGACCGUGCCCUACUUUGAUGCGGCCAAGGAAUUGGAAAGGAUCAACGACCAAUUGAGCCAAAUGGAUGAAUCUAGAACAACUGUCAAGACUGCAUCGCUGAUAGAUAAGGAGGACAAUAUGACAAGGGUAUCAGGGCACGCCAGUGGCAUUUAUACCUCUAGACAAGGCUCGUCAGCUUCAGUUAUUGCGGCGUACGCUAGAGUUCGGCAACCUCUUCUCAGAACAAAUACCGACAAUGAAGAGGGACUAGAGGUUGAAGACCUCCGAAAUGAUGUUGAGGAUGACGAUGAAAGGGGAGAAGGUGUAGAAUUAGAGGCUGGUUCGGUGUUGAAUGCGAUGUCCCCUCACUUGGUCCCUGAUACGCGUGAUCUGAGAGAUGUUGAGGAAGUGCCUGGGAUUCAUGCAUCUCCUGUCGACAGCCGAACACAUCAAUAUGAAAUGGUGGGAAGCGGCAUCGAUACUUUGCGUGUAGAUGAAUCUACUGAAGACGAAGAGGAGGACGAAGACGAAUCAAAAGGGAUGAUGGUUGGGGACAAACGUGGGUUUGAGAGCCUACUUGAGAAAGAAAAAGCGCCACCUUCAUACUUGGAUGAAUUCUUAAUGCAGCCUUUAGAAAAGGGUGCGUUUCAUUUUUCUAUUGAAAACCCUGUUGGUACUGACUAUCAAGUAGAAAAAGACCAACAUGAUCGCUCGAAGUCACCAGCUUUCCCGUCCCCAAACCAGUUGAAAGCUCAUCUGACCGGGACCAAGAGUGUAUAUCAGCCACUCGAAGAGAUGCAGUCUCCAACCAGUGGCCCCCCAGAGCAAACGGAACAACAGCAGAAGAGCCAAGAGGCUAUCCACACUGUCCUCAAAGAACUCAAGACUGGCCCUUCUGGCACCGCUGAGAAUCCUCUUUUGCAGGCGCUCGCCAGGUCCAUCAAUGUUGAUGUCCUACGUCGGGCUCUUGACGAAACUGCAGCUGGGCGGGAGAUUUUAUUGUCAGCGACGCCUGUCCCCCGCCCUGUUUCUAAUCGGGCGAUGGAGGAUCCAAAAAUCAUCCCUAUGCCUGAGAGCGAGAAUGUUCCAUAUGACAAAACGGGUUCAUCUCGUUCCCGCUCCAAUAAUCCUUGGAGCCAUAGUCGUCCAGCAGAAGUGUCUCCAAGGACUACCGAGCACCCUCAUCCCUUGGUUGAUAUCUCUGGAAAUUCUCCACCCCACCCUACCCCACCCCCUCUCGCAGAAGCUAAGGUACGAACAAGCACCUUUGCUCCUCUUCAAGGCCCUGCAGCUAAACCACUUCCGAAUCCUCAUCUACAGGCACCUAAGUUUGGGAUCUACGGUUUUGUCAAGCCAGAUGGACCACUUCCUGGUCGAUCCCCAAUCAGUACCCCUAGCAUUAUAUCCCGGGAGGAGAAUAAUGAGGCCAAAAAGUUAUGGAUGAAGCAGACAUUGGUGACGAGUGCGCCAUUAUCCCGCGUGUCUUCCCCUACAUCUACGGAAGCUUCAUGGGGGGCUGGAAAACAGCCAAGGAGUCUUACGUUGGAAGAUGACGACGCGGCUACUGCACCAAGGGGAAGAGCUCGACUUUUAGAGCUAGACGACGAACCUCCAUUCUAUACAAGAGGGAGCCGAGGCAGCGGACCGUCCGAGCAAUACCCUUCGCCAUAUAUUACCUCAGCAAGCGUUCGAGGUAACACCUUCGCUGCACCGCCACCGCCACCUCAUCCCUUUCCAACAUUGGAAGAAACUUACAGCUUACGGGACGAUGGUAGCGUAAGAAGCCAAUACCGAGAACCAUCCUUAGCGUCUUCGAAUCCAUUCUCAAAUAAAAUGUACAUGGCACACCACCACUCACAAAUUCCGCCGCCACCACCGCCUAGCACUUCAACAAGACGCUCACAGCAGGUUCCCGUAUACCCAAGUCGAGAACAAAUUCUACGAGUAGGUGAGUCUCUACGGGAAGCGGGACUGAAUCCACAAGAUUUCUCUACGUCGUUUUAUGCGGAAUUCGCGAGUGCGACCCCAGAGAUGCAAAAGGAAGCCAUCGAUAACAUUAUUCUUCAUCAAGCUCAACGAAAGCGUGUUGAACAAGUUCAGCAGGCCCAGCAGGCCCAGCAACAGCAGCAACAGGCUGGUUCGCCACAGAUCGGUUCCGGAUCACAAUCCGGAAAUGGAGGAUGGGGGUUUACGAAUGGAGUGCCCCCACCACCAUUGCCAAUGGGCUUUUAUACUGGACAAACUAACGCGAGGCAUGGGCAUGGGUAUGGAAGUAUGAGCUCUAGAGGAAGUGGACAGACUGGCGGGGCCAGUGGAUACCCUGGGAGUGGCUACCCUUGGCAGUAG